AUGGCCGACCUGCACAACACACCCAUUGUGAUUGACAACGGCAGCGGCACCAUCAGAGCAGGCUACGCUGGCGAAGACUCCCCUCGCUGCUUCUUCCCUUCAUUCGUCGGUCGACCUAAACACACUCGAGUACUGGCUGGUGGGCUAGAAGGAGAUUUCUUCAUUGGCAAUCGCGCACAAGAGCUACGGGGGCUCCUGAAGAUACGGUAUCCCCUGGAACAUGGCAUCGUCACAGAUUGGGAGGACAUGGAGAAGAUAUGGCAACACAUCUACACAGACGAGUUGAAGACAUUGAGUGAAGAGCACCCGGUCCUCCUCACCGAAGCGCCCCUAAACCCACGCGCAAAUCGCGACACUGCAGCCCAAAUUCUCUUCGAAACGUUCAAUGUGCCUGCAUUGUACACGUCGAUCCAAGCUGUCCUUUCCCUGUACGCAUCUGGACGAACUACUGGUAUCGUGUUGGAUGCUGGAGACGGGGUGUCGCAUGCUGUACCUGUAUUCGAAGGUUUCGCAAUCCCAAAUAGCAUUCGCCGGAUAGAUGUCGCCGGCAGAGAUGUGACAGAAGAGUUACAAAAGCUUCUGCGCAAGAGUGGACACGUCUUCCACACGAGUGCAGAGAAAGAGAUUGUCAAGAACAUCAAGGAAAAGACUUGCUACGUGGCACUCGAUCCCAAAAAAGAGGAGAAAGAUUGGCAUAGCGCGAGCAACCGAAGCGGUGAAAGCAAGGUGUCGGAUUACGUCCUCCCGGAUGGCAAAAAGCUCAAGAUUGGACCCGAGCGUUUCAGAGCGCCUGAAAUCCUCUUCGACCCUGAAUUGAUUGGUCUCGAAUGGCCAGGCCUCCACCAGAUCGUUGUUGAUUCGAUUACUCGCACCGACAUGGACCUCCGCAAGCAGCUGUUUGGCAACAUCGUCUUGUCAGGUGGCUCAACCAUGAUCAAGGGCUUUGGCGACAGAUUGCUCCACGAGGUCCAACGGCUGGCUGUGAAGGACAUGCGCAUCAAGAUCUUCGCGCCGCCGGAACGACUGUACAGCACCUGGAUUGGUGGUUCCAUCCUGGCAGGAUUGAGCACGUUCAGGAAGAUGUACGUAACGAUUGACGAUUGGCAUGAGAAUCCGGACAUCAUCCACCAGAAGUUUGCGUAA